CGGGAUGAACCUCCAAAGCGCAAGAAGCCCAUUUUCAGUCUCCUCGCUGAGCAAUGGAGACGACCGUAAGUUCAGUUUGGGUGGAUGUAGCAGUUAUGACACUGACAGCGUGGCCUCACGCAGCUCUGGUGUCUUUUCUGGAUAUGACACGCUGGAUGCACCACCGAGUUACGACUUCUACACCAACACUGAGGUUUUCGGGAGAGCCAAGAAAUCCAGACCAUCUCUCUUUGAGCUGCACUCCAACCCUCAGGAUGACCCCUCUCCACCUCCCCUGUAUGAGGAGUCCAGUGUGGACAAACAGAGUCCAGAGGAUGAAGAUGAGCCCACUGAACCACCUCCAGAACCCGCUCGCUUUGGAUGGGCUCAAGGAGUUAUGAUCCGCUGUAUGCUGAAUAUCUGGGGUGUCAUUCUGUACCUGAGGCUCCCCUGGAUCACAGCUCAGGCAGGGAUAGGUCUGACUUGGAUUAUAAUCUUGGUCUCCUCCUCUAUAACGGGCAUAACUGGCUUGUCCACAUCGGCCAUUGCUACUAAUGGCAAAGUCAAAGGGGGUGGAACAUAUUUUCUGAUCUCUCGGAGUUUGGGUCCAGAACUUGGUGGCUCGAUUGGGCUUAUUUUUGCUUUUGCGAAUGCUGUGGCUGUAGCCAUGCACACAGUGGGAUUUGCCGAAACGGUGCAGGUACUCAUGCAGGAGACUGAGGUUAGCAUGGUUGACAAGCUUAACGAUAUCCGCAUCAUCGGAGUGAUCACUGUCACCUGCCUGCUGGCCAUCUCAAUGGCUGGAAUGGAAUGGGAAUCCAAGGCCCAAGUCUUGUUCUUCUUUGUCAUAAUGAUAUCCUUCGCCAGCUACAUCAUUGGAACCAUCAUACCAGCCACACCACAGAAGCAAGCCAGAGGAUUUUUCAGCUACCGAGCUGAUAUUUUUGCGACAAACUUUGUGCCCGGCUGGCGUGGACCGGAGGGCAGUUUCUUUGGCAUGUUUUCCAUCUUCUUCCCCUCAGCUACAGGCAUCCUUGCGGGGGCUAAUAUCUCCGGAGAUCUGAAGGAUCCAAAUGUCGCUAUACCUCGUGGAACAAUGCUGGCCAUUUUUUGGACCACUGUGUCUUAUCUUAUCAUCUCAGCUACCAUUGGCUCCUGUGUGGUGCGUGAUGCUUCUGGUGAUGUGAAUGACACCAUAUCAUCAUUGACUGGGGAGUGUCUGGGAGUGGGCUGCAACUAUGGCUGGAACUUUACUGACUGUAUGACCAACAACACCUGCACUUAUGGACUCAGCAACUAUUACCAGAGUAUGAGCAUGGUUUCUGCAGUCGCUCCUCUGAUCACUGCUGGGAUUUUUGGAGCCACCCUUUCCUCAGCCCUAGCCUGUCUGGUGUCCGCUCCUAAGGUUUUCCAGUGCCUUUGCAAGGACAAACUGUAUCCAGGCAUUGGAUUUUUCGGGAAAGGUUAUGGGAAGAAUAACGAACCACUGAGAAGCUACUUGCUAGCUUAUAUCAUUGCUAUAUGCUUUAUUCUUAUUGCCGAGCUGAACACCAUUGCUCCCAUCAUUUCCAACUUUUUCCUCUGCUCCUACGCCCUCAUCAACUUCAGCUGUUUCCAUGCCUCAAUAACUAACUCACCAGGCUGGCGUCCAACUUUUCGAUUUUACAGCAAGUGGUUGUCUUUGCUGGGAGCGGUAGUGUCUGUGAUCAUCAUGUUUCUUCUGACCUGGUGGGCUGCUCUCAUAGCCAUUGGCAUAGUCAUCUUCCUGCUGGGAUAUGUGCUGUAUAAGAAACCUGAAGUCAACUGGGGUUCAUCAAUGCAAGCCAGCUCUUAUAACAUGGCACUGUCCCAGUGUGUGGGUCUUAAUCAAGUGGAAGACCAUAUUAAAAAUUACAGGCCACAGUGUUUGGUCCUCAGUGGGCCUCCCUGUGCGCGGCCUUCCCUAGUGGAUUUUAUCGGUGCCUUCACCAAGAACCAAAGCCUGAUGAUAUGCGCAAAUGUCCUUGCAAGUGGACCCUCGCCUGGCACCGCAGACUCCAUGAGCAGUACUCAUUUAAAAUGGUUAAACAAUCGGAAGAUAAAGUCCUUCUACCACACCGUAGUGGCUGAUGAUCUUCGUACCGGCGUACAGAUGUUGCUGCAGAGUACGGGUUUGGGUCGGAUGAAGCCUAAUGUCUUAGUGAUGGGAUAUAAAAAGAACUGGCGUAAAGUUCAACCAGGCAUUAUUGAAAACUACGUUGGAAUUUUGCAUGAUGCAUUUGACCUGCAAUAUGGUGUUUGUGUUCUUCGAAUGAAGGAGGGUCUUGACAUAACUCGAACAAUCCAAGCUCAAGUAAAUCUAGGAUUUGAAACAUCUACUGAACAAGGACUUGACACAAACUCAACAGCUCCUACAUCACCCACAAUUGAAGCAUCAUUGGAUCCUGAGACUCUAAUGGCCCUGACGCAGCCCAGCACUUUAUUUCAGACUAGACAAGGAAAGAAGACCAUUGAUGUGUAUUGGCUUUCCGAUGAUGGCGGUUUGACACUAUUGAUCCCUUACCUCUUGACCCGUAAGAAGCGCUGGGGAAGAUGCAAAGUGAGGGUGUUUGUUGGAGGUGAAGCUCAACAGAUUGAAGAACAGAAAAAGGAGCUCAAAGGUCUGAUCAGCAGGUUCCGUCUGGGUUUCAAGGAUAUUCAAGUUCUUCCAGACAUCAAUGGAGCUCCGCAGUCUGAACACAUUAGAAAGUUUGAAGACUUCAUAGCUCCGUAUAGAGUAAGCUCAGUCCAAAAGGACGGCCAAGAAGCCGAUGAGGCAACAAAGGAAUUCUCCUGGAUGGUGUCUGAUGAGGAAAUGGAGACGUUUAAAGCUAAGUCUCUUCGACAGAUCCGGCUGAAUGAAGUUAUUCAAGAUUACUCGAGAGAUGCUGCACUGAUCGUUGUGACAAUGCCGGUGGGGCGAAGAGGGUCAUGUCCUAGUCCUCUUUACAUGGCUUGGCUAGAGAUUGUGUCGCGUGAUCUUCGACCCCCAGUCCUUCUUGUCCGAGGCAAUCAGGAGAAUGUGCUGACGCAAUACUGCCAGUGAUCGCCACCUUUUCCUGACAAAAACAUUUACACAUGUAUAGCAGAUGAAAAAAACUAGUCAAUCACCUGUUAAACUGACGAGAGAUGCUUUCAUAUUGUUUCAUACUUGUCUUGUUGUUUAUAGGGUGCUUGUCUGAAUUGGUUUAACCUUUUAUUACCUUAUUACUGUGAAUAUUACUCACUUUCUCCAUAUGCAAGAAUUCAGACAAGACUAUUCAAACUAUUUCCUCCUAAAACCACAAAUUAACUGUUGUUUUAAAUCACUUGAAUCAUUGAUAUUGAUUAUUGUAAUGCAAUGAUUGAACAGUUUGCAUAUGUAUAUACUUUUCUCUGUUUAAUGAGAUCUUUUAUAAUAUAAUGUACAUUUAAGAAACUACUUAUGUAUGGAAUCUGUCAACUAUAAGAGUCAUUUUAUUUUGCUUGAGUAAACUUGACGAAAAAUGUGUUGUCUUGUUGAAAUGGUGUGUUUAGACUGUGUGUGGCUGACCUAAAUAACCAUUUAAACAGAAAGCAGACAUUUUGUGUUCUCAAACUAGCUAUUUUUCCACUUUUAAUCUUUCUUUUAACGUUUUGUUAGAUAACUGGUGAUGUUUCACAGUGAAGCAGGAUUUAGGGGAGACGAUGCAGGCAAAAACAUGAAUCUCUUAAAUGAAUCUGUCAUUUUGAGAUUUUGUUUAUUGUUUUUCAGUCUUUUGUUGCACCCUGUUCAUUUGUGUGUGGAUUUCAAAUAAAAUACAUAUUUGUAGAGAC